AUGACACAAUAUGAAACUCUUUAUGAGAGAAAGUGCAUAUUACCGUUGUAUUGGGAUGAAGUUGGCAAGAGUUCGGGUUAUAAGGGAAAAAAUGGUGACAGCGCAGAGUCCUCAGAAAGAUAUGCGGAUACAAGGAAAAGAGACUUAUCUUUUGAGGAAGAUGAUUGGGUUUAUUUCAAAGUCUCUCUUAUGAAAGGCGUUCAGCAUUUUGGUAAGAAAGGAAAACUUAGUAUGAGGUAUAUUGGCCAUUUUCAGAUUUUGGAGAAGGUUGGGUAUGCUGCUUAUAGAGUUGCAUUGCCAGAUUAUUUUGGAAAAAUUCAUGAUGUAUUCCAUGUGUCAUCAUUGAAGAAGAGCUUUAGACAGCAAGAGUCGAGUUUUGUUGACCCAGAGCUCAUUCAGCUACAGCUAUAUCUUAUUUAUGACGUUGCCCUAAUGCAGAUUGUGGAUUGGAAAGAGCAAAUGUUGAAAUCUAAGUUAAUACGUUUGGAGAAAGUGGCAUGA